AUGGAUCGCAUUCGGCGGUUGAUCACUCGCCCACAGGCCUACGAGCCGAUACAGCACCCUACGGGGGUUGAUGACGACGAUCAUGGUUCAAUCUCCCCUCGAUCACAGCAUGAAUUGCCUUUCUCCAGAUACGAAUAUGCUGUAUUCUUUAUUCUGGGGGUGUCAAUGCUGUGGGCAUGGAACAUGUUUCUUGCCGCUGCACCGUAUUUCUAUCUCCGUUUCCGGUCGGACAACUGGACAGCAACCCAUUUCCAGCCCUCGAUUCUGACAGUGUCAACCAUCACUAACCUGGGGUCCGCGUUCAUUCUCGCCAAACUGCAGAAAGGGGCCUCAUACCCGAGACGAGUAACGCUUUCUCUACUUAUAAAUAUUGUCGUCUUCUCGCUGUUGGCGCUUUCGACAGUCUUUAUGAAAGAUGUUGAUGUCAAAGCCUACUUCAGCUUUCUGAUGUUCAUGGUAUUCGGGGCAAGCUUAGCAACCGGCAUCAAUCAGAAUGGCGUAUUUGCCUAUGUGUCUGGGUUCGGGAGAGAAGAAUAUACACAGGCCAUUAUGGCAGGACAGGGAGUAGCUGGCGUGCUUCCGUGUGUCGUGCAAAUUAUCUCUGCUUUGGCAGUGCCGGAGAGAAAGGGACAAAACUUGCCUCAGGCUUCAUCAAAGUCCGCAUUUAUGUAUUUCAUCACUGCCACCGCCAUUGCUGCUAUUUCACUGGUCGCCUUCCUUUCCCUUGUCAGACGACGGUCGGGUAUAUCUCUACAGUUGACAGAGGAACUACACGAUUCAAUCUCCUCUGGUUAUGCUCAUAAGACGGUGAGUCUCUGGGUUUUGUUCAAGAAGCUACGGUUUCUUGCAUCGGCUCUAUUCCUUUGCUUUGCCAUUACUAUGGUGUACGCGGUGUUCACCGCAGAAAUCGAGUCCGUACAUCAAGAUCCCAAUCGUUCCCGGUUAUUCUCUCGAGAAGUCUUCAUUCCAGUGGCUUUUCUCUUUUGGAAUGCCGGUGAUCUAAUUGGGAGAAUGUCAGUCAUUUUCCCCAGUCUUUCAUUAGCCCAUCGUCCUUGGGCCUUUUUCGUCAUUUCUGUGGCCCGCCUUGGGUUCAUCCCACUUUACCUGCUUUGUAAUAUUGGCGGGAGAAGGGCCAUUGUACAGAGUGAUUUCUUUUAUCUCUUUGUCGUGCAGCUUUUGUUCGGGGUUUCCAAUGGAUACCUUGGCAGCAGCUGUAUGAUGGGAGCUGCUCAAUGGGUUUCUGUGGAUGAACGAGAGGCUGCUGGUGGGUUCAUGAGCAUGGUUCUUGUGGGUGGCUUGGCUGCAGGAAGUCUCAUGAGCUUCCUUGUCGCCAACAUAUGA